AUGGUGGUGACGCGAGUGGCAAAGAUACGAGAUGGCAAAGUAGAAAUUCUAAACGAGCACAUUAAAAUCUAUAAAAUCGCCAAUUUUCAAAACACCCAGAAAACUUUCCAGGUAACCUCUUUCUUCAGCACCAUAGGCCUAUACUACAAGCGGCACGGUUGGCUAGCGGAAGUUGCGGAGGCGCGCGCAUGUGUGAGUCGGAAAUAUUCUGCACACACAUCAAAUAUUUCGCAGCCUUUAGAAAUAAUCAAUCCAGUGGUUUUUGAACAAAUAUGCAAUGAAACUCUGGAAUCCUUGUGCGAAUACUUUGAAGAAAUCGUGGAAAAGUCUUCCGAUUUGAAGGGUGCAGAUAUAACAUUCAGUGAUGGAGUUUUAACAGUAGCACUUGGUCCCACCUAUGGAACUUAUGUAAUAAAUAGGCAAAGCCCAAACAAGCAAAUUUGGCUCAGUUCCCCUGUUUCUGGCCCUAAACGCUAUGAUUUAAUAUUAAAAGAUGGAGGAUAUUGGGUUUACAAACAUGAUGGAGUGACCUUGCAUAAGCUUUUACAAGAAGAAAUAUCGAAGAUUGUUGGGACUGUAGACUUUGGGAAUUGUUCCCAUGGUGUAAUCUAA